AUGGAAGAUCCGAAGCAGGUGAAUGGACAUGCGAAUGAGAUGGCAAAUGAGCAGCUGGAGCCCAUCCCCGGUCCUAGAGUCUUACCCCUGGUCGGGAAUCUUUUCGAUUUGGACCUGUCGAAUGGUCUUCAGGCAAUCUUGGACAUGGCGAAAAAAUAUGGCCCGAUAUUUAGGAUCACCGUUGCGGGCCAAACGCAGGUUUUCGCAGCCAGUCGAGAAAUGGUUGACGAGUUCUGCGAUGAAUCCCGAUUCCAGAAAGUAGUUAUGGGUGGAGUUGAACGGCUGCGCGUCGUUGUAAAGGAUGGAUUGUUCACAGCACACAAUCAUGAAGAGGGCUGGGCCAUUGCACACCGCAUAAUCCGGCCUGCUUUAGGCCCAAUGAAAAUACGGGAGAUGUUUGGCAAUAUGCAUGAUAUCACGACGCAAUUCUGCUUGAAACUUGCUCGCAUGGGGCCCACAAGUCUGAUUGACAUAACCGAAGAGUUCACGAAGUUGACCAUGGAUACCCUUGCGUUGUGUACAGCGAGCUUUCGGUUCAACAGCUUCUACCGCGGCAAUGAAGAGCAUCCCUUCGUACAGGCGAUAAAUGAAGUUCUUCACGAGGCCGACCUUCAAUCGUGCUUUCCUGAUUUCAUCAAUGCUCUGCGCAUCUUCGCAGCGAGGCGAUUGAAAAUGAACAUGGAUUUCAUGAGACAAGUGAGCCAGGAUAUCAUACAAGACCGACGGAACACAUCUGCCCAUUCUAACGACCUGCUUCAUGCAUUAUUGAGUGGGCGUGAUUCAUUGACAGGCAAGGGAUUAACCGAGGACCAGAUAAUCAACAACCUGAUUACCUUCCUAGUGGCCGGCCAUGAAACCACAGCCGGCAUGAUAUCGUUCGCUGUUUACUACCUGCUCGCCAAUCCGGAUUGCCUGAGAAGGGCGCGGCAAGAGGUCGAUGACGUUAUAGGACCCGAUGAAGUUAAGGUAGAGCAUCUUUCUAAGCUUCCAUAUUUGGAAGCUGUGCUGAAAGAAACACUUCGGUUGAUGCCCACAGCACCUGGGUUCAGUGUUGCUCCAUCCUCCCCUCAGACCGUUGGCGGAAAGUAUCUGAUCCAACCUGGGGAGUCCGUAAUCAUUCUGUCCGCAGCAUCUCAUCGUGAUACUUCAGUAUUUGGUGAUGACGCUGACGAAUUCAAACCCGAGAGGAUGCUGGAAGAAAAGUUCAAUAAGCUCCCACGCAAUUCGUGGAAGCCCUUUGGCAACGGUAAACGAGGGUGCAUUGGCAGAGCAUUUGCUUGGCAAGAAGCGCAUCUCGUCAUAUCCAUGCUGCUCCAGAAUUUUGACAUAGAAUUCGAUGAUCCUUCUUAUGAGCUCAAGAUUCAUGAGACAUUGACUAUAAAACCAGAAGGCCUUUUGAUUCGCACCAAACUUCGGGAAGAUAGAGAAUACACUGGCCUGGCUAUACAAGCUGCGACGAACAAGGGUGGGUUGACGCAAGCAGCAGCCCCCAAUGAAUCAAUUGGCGAGCCGAUUACAAUACUUUAUGGUUCCAACGGUGGGUCAUGCAAAUCGCUGGCUUAUCGAUUGGCCUCAAAUGCCAUCUCACAUGGAUAUAACCAACAAAAGAUUCUUACACUCGAUGAGGCAGUGGGCAAGCUGCCGACAGAUCAGCCCGUCAUUAUCGUGACAACGAGCUAUAAUGGCGAACCGACUGAUGACGGAAGAGAAUUUGUUUCAUGGGUAAAGAGUGUCCCAAAGCAGGCUUUCGCUGGUGUCUCAUACGCCGUAUUUGGCUGCGGCCAUCGGGACUGGAUACAGGACUUUCAUCGAGUCCCCACACUAAUCGACGAUAGCAUUUACAAGGCUGGUGCUCAUCGUCUCAAUAGAAGAGGAGCUGCCGAUGCAGCCAUCAGCGAUCUCUACUCAGACCUAGAGAAAUGGGAAGAAGACCAUCUGUGGCCCGCAAUUCGUGCCAAGUUCCCUGCGGCGGAACUUUCGAUAGAUCUAUCAAAGCUGCCUCAGGCUGAGGUGCACAUAAAGCCGCCGCUUAGAGUAUCACUGGACUCACGGCUUACUAGAGUGGUUGUCACCGAAGCUCAUCGUCUGACAAGUCUUGAAGAGCCUGAGAAGCGACAUCUCGAAUUCACCAUACCACCUGAAUCCAACCUUUCGCUUCGCCCUGGCGAUCAUCUGAAUAUAUUGCCACGAAACCCACCGCGUGAUGUAGAGCGUGUGCUGUCACGGUUCCAGCUUUCACCAGACCACUUACUUACCGUGACCUCUUUUCAUGGCGGUGGGAUACCUGUUGAUACUCCCUUGACUGCUGCGGAGCUUUUCAGCUCAUACGUCGAGUUGGCGCAACCGGCUACACCCAAGAUUAUCCAAAUGCUUUGUGAUUCAACUGAUGAAGAAAACAUUAAAAAACGAUUGACCCACAUGAUGGAUUUACCCGACGAAUCGACCAGACCGAACCGAUUAUCUGUCCUCGAUCUUCUCGAGCAGUUCCCAACCCAUUCUCUUUCAUUGGCUAGUUUUAUCUCCAUGCUGCCUGGUCUACGGCUGCGGAUUUAUUCCCUGUCAUCCUCGCCUACGUACAAUCCCGGCCAUGCAUCCCUAAUGUACCUAGUCCUGAAGUCACCAUCUCAAAAGCCAAUCAAUCCGGGACGCGAGCAUCUCGGAGUUGGGUCUAAUUACCUCGCCUCUCUGACUCCCGGGUCCGUACUCUAUGUAUCAGCACGCCCAGCCAAACCCGCAUUUCACCUUCCUGACGAGCAAGCAACGACGCCGAUCAUCAUGAUAUGUGCCGGGUCAGGGCUCGCACCAUUCAUGUCUUUCAUCCAGGAAAGAGUCGCGUUACUGAGUACAGGAAAGGAGCUUGCGCCUGGCCUUCUGAUAUUCGGAUGUCGGCACCCAGGCCGCGAUGACUUAUACUCCGACGAGCUCGCAGAAUGGGAAGGUCUAGGUGCAAUCCAGGUGAAACGGGCCUACAGCCGAGCAAUUGUUAAUCCUCGUGCGGCUGGCUGUCGUUACGUGCAAGACCGGCUACUGACAGAAUCGAAAUCCAUUCUCUCCCUGUGGGACCAGGGGGCAAGGAUCUAUGUUUGUGGGGCUAGGCCCAUGGCUGAGGGGGUUAGGGCGGCGUGCGAGGAUAUUCUUGGGACUCGUCUGAAGGACUCCGAGGACGCGGGACAGGAGAGAUAUGUUGCGGAGAUAUUCUAG